AUGCUGCACGGGUGGUCCACCGCAAAUGGGGUGCUGAGGCGGUCCAAGGGCCCGCUCGCGAGAAUGUCGACGACGAGAUUGGCGCAGCCGCAGGAGCAGGAGCAAAGGCGGAAGGCUCGGAAUGGGCCACCAUCGGCACCAGAGUCCCGUUUCUUGUGGUUCCCAAGGGCCCACCAGCAGAGAGGAGGAGGCGAAUCCCUCGUCCCCUCUGGCCGUCGCGACCAAGUGACGGCAACUCGUGCAGCAGCCGUGCCCCAGGACCUCGGGAACGGGUACCAAUACCGGCGUGUUGACGUCAAGAAGCUGGACUGGUCGAACCCGACAGUCUGGGUCGGCGAGAGAUCUGACAACGGCCCUACUGCGUAA